AUGGAGUGGGUGAGGGUUUACAACCUUGAAAUAAUGCAACUCUCCAAGAUCCUUGAGAGCAAACUCUGCACUAAGAUCUUUCAAAAGUCCUGGCCCGCCUGUCAGCCGCUGACGUGGCAUUUUUUUGCAGAAACCCCCCCCCCCCCCCACGGUGUCGCUCCGCGCCCGCCUCGCCGCCCUCGCCCUCACCCUCUCCCCGUGGCGGCCUCCUGCCUCAGCCGGCGCGCGCAUGACCCCAGCACGCCGGUAGCGCCUUCUGGCUGGUGCUCCCGCUUCGCCUCCCCCGCGGCCGCCGCCCCGCCCUCCGCCACGCCGCCGUGGCCGCCCCUCUUCACGCUCGACGACCGCUUCGCCGCCGCCGACUUCUCGCCCGACCCCACCGCCUCCGACCUGCUCCCCGUCGCCUCCUCCCCCUCCCCCCGCGCCGGGGCGGGCGCCGGCAGCCGCUCGCCCUCAUGGGACCGCUCCCGCGGCAAGGCCUCCGCCCCCGGAUCCCCCAUGGACGGGGUCGUCGAGCCGCCGCCCCGCAAGGAGCUGCUCGCGCUGCCCCCGCCGUCCAGCCCCUGGACUCCUCCUCCCCCGACGGCGACGGCCGUGACCCCGGCGACGGAGGCUGCCAGGACGGAGCCGGCGGCUCCGGCCAGCGAAGGGAAGGCAGAUGGCGAGGAGUGGGUCACUCUAUUCGGGAAAGCCCUCCAAAAGAAUGGUAUCCAACUAUGCAGUGGCGUCAUAAUUGGAGUAAAGCAUAUUGAUCCAGUGCACCGACAGCAGCUGGAUGAUAGGCUCGCUGGAAUCAAUCAAGGAGGCUUCAUGGUCUCCCUGCCUUCGAAAUCACUUGUCCUGAAGAGCAGCACAGGUGCAUCAAACCAGUUGGGGGCCUUGCCUGUUGGCUGUUGUAACUUUGUGUUCUGGUGGGUGCUGUCAUGAGCAAUGGCUCUGGAUGAAGGAUGAAACUGAGAUCUCAAUAUGUAUUUAUUUUGUCCGUUGUAAUCUACAUGAGCUCUGAUAUAUUUGAGAAUGUUUUUUUAAGAAAUGCCAUCAUGGCCACUAUAUUGAAUUGG